AUGAAAGAGAAGUUCCCUGACAGCUUGAAAACAGAUCUUAUGACUGACAAAGAAAGGCAGUGUCUGCAAUCAUAUGCUUCCAAGAAAUCUACUCUUCUUGUUGUUGGCCAAACAAAUAGUGGAAAGAGCUCCUUUGUGAAUGAACUCCUUGGUGGGUCAUUUAUGCCAACUUCUGAAGUACCAUGCACAUCUCGCAUUGUCCGUCUUAAAUAUAGUGAGAAAAACUAUAUCCAGGUUUGUGAUGCACCUUUCUGUUUGAAACUUUUUAAGAAAGAGAGGCUGAUAAUUUGAUCAAAUACCAGCAGUUUCUCUUUUCUUUUUUUUUUUUUUUUUUUGGGGGGGAGGGAUUGUAGCCCCUUUCUGCCUUCCCCUUUGCUUCUCAGGAGUGGCUUAAUUUCAUAGCUCAGUUGGUAGUAGUGCAUCCACCUAUGUCUUAGAGAAACAGGUUCAAAUCCUUUUGAAAGCCUGAAUUUAAAGGGAGGGGGUGCUUAGCCCCCCCCAAUUUUUGCUAAGGGAAGGGGAUGCAUAGCCCUACUACUCUGCCACCUGUCCUUCCUCAGAUGAUAUUUGUAGGUUUUCCAGUUUCCUUCUUCCACAAAAACCAACAUUCUGAUGAGAGUUCUAUAUACCCAAAACCAAAUUAUUUUUCAUCAUAACCAUUAGAAGAGUGAAUCAGUAGUUGGAAAAUUGUCUUUAAAUGUGCUAAAGAUUCAGUUGAAGAUGUGUGCACUUUGAAAACAAAGUGGUCAUAACAUAAACCAAACAUGUAAAACCAAAAAGCUGGAUUUACAAACAGCUGUUGCUAUGGUUAUCACCAAACCUCAUUCUAUUACACAGUCCCAGAAUUUGAUUUUGGGGGCAGUUUUUGAAUUAUUCAAACAGAUGGUCAAAAGAUGGGAAAAAGAGGAAAGAAAUUUUGUUACAAAACUAAUCGGUGGCCAAACUCGAAAUGAUUAAAGCAGUAGACAAAUUUAAAGCACAUUUGAGGACAUUUUCAAAGACUUUAAAUUGGGUCAUUCUUUAGAAUCCAAAAAUGUAUUUUUUGUCAUGAAUCGAUCUAAACAUCAUAAUCUAAGGUAUAAAUAUUUUAUGUUUCUUGAACAUUCUUCUUUGAUGCCAGUUUUGACCUGAAAAUAGUGGGAAAAGAUCCUACUUGUGCCAUGAGCUCCUUCUUGUAAUGACUAAAUUGGACAAGCACAUUGCAAUAAACAUUUUUAUCACCUCUCCCUUUUUUUUUUUUUCAAAAUAAUAUUACUGAAAAUUUUACCAUUCAUAUUAAGGUAUUGGAUAAAUCCAAAACUAAUGAAGGAGAGAAGAUUUUCUUCGAUAAAAAGAAGGUACCGAAAGAGGAAAUAGAGUUGGGUGACAGCCAGAGAGGAGAUCAAUCCUGGGUCAAUGCCAUGGUGGAAGUGGGCCUAAACAAUUCUCUCCUCCAAAAUGGACACCUGGAAGUUAUUGAUGCACCUGGGAUGAGUGAAAAUGAAGCUCUGGACAAGAUUGUUGAGGAAUGUAUCCACGGCAUUCUUCAAGUCAUUAUCUACGUCAUAGAUGGGAACUCCUCUCUAAGGUUGCAGGUCAGUUAUAGUCUUACGUUCAUGUGGGUUUUGAAUGUGGAAUGAUUAGUCCUAUUUCACAGUCUUGGCUACAUUUCAAUCCCAUUCUCAUGUCGUUGCUUGUGAUUUCCAUUACUAGUGACCCAAAUCCCAUUUUCCUGGUGAAGGAUGGUGUAAUGAACGGACCGAUAAAUUCUCUAAACUAUUAUUGCACAACCAGUGGUAUCUAAAAUACGUAUAGAAAUGAUUUAACAAUAAUUUACAAUGAUGGAAAACAAGGUAAAUGAAGAUUAAACAAAGGAAGGACAGUAAGAAACGACACUCAAGAAAAAAUUCUGAGUACUAAUUAAUUGGCGCGAAAACGAUUUAAAUAUGGGGAUAUCGCGCAGAGGUUGGGGACCAGCAAAGCGCUGAACGACGUUGUAACAGAAGACAAAUCCCAUGCACCGUUUUACGUCUACUUACCCUUUGUAUAACUGUCAUUAUCAUUGGCACCUUUUCCCUUAAGAGCUUUUGCAUUACAGGAAUGAGCACAAAUUUGGGAAGGUGUGCUACCUGCACAAAACAAAUUAUCUGACGUCAAAGGCUAGUUUUGUAUAGGCUUAGGGUGGGGAGGUUUGACUAGAAAAUGUUGGUGAUCUUCAUCUCUGCUACUUGCUCAGCUUAAUAGAGCAAGCAAAUCGGUUCUUUUUUCCCCUUGGUAUAGCUAUCCAUAUGGGUAGAUGAGUGGAUGACUUAAUUUUCAGAGAGCCACUCUAGACUGCGUACAAAAAAUAAUAAUAGUUAUAAAAUUGACUGCAACUCUUUUUACGGGGUGUUGUUUUUAUGAAUCCAUCUAAACAGUUUUCGUGUUUGAAUCACAGGAAAGGGGUUUUCUUCUUAACCUGAAGGAGAAAGUUGGUAACUUGCCCAUUUUCUACCUGUGCAACAAAGUUGAUAAGAAUACGACAGCCCUGGAGUUUGACAAGGACUCUGACUCAGAAGAAGAUAAAGACCCACCUAAUGAGGAAGAAAAAGAGGUGCUCGCUUAUCGGGCUCUCUCUCAAUGCCACAUGGUGCCUGGCGACAUAGAACCUACACAAUGUCCUUUCUUUCACGGUUUGUCCACUAAGGAGGUCAGAAACGCUCGACUGAAGAAGCAUUCAAACCAGUAUACUGAGCAGUUUGAUGACCUCAAGUUUAAGCUGCUGAAAUUUGUUGCCGCUGGAGUGACCAGCCAUCUACGAUCUGCAGCAGAAUUGCUCUGUCAGAUCCAGAAGAGAGUGUUUGAUUUCUUCUUGAAUUGUGACUUCAACCAAGAAACGAUUCAUGCUCAAGAUGAGUUAUUUAAUAAGCUUGAGCUGAAAGAACGCGAUUAUGUGGUAAAAAUGCGUGGCUAUGUCCUUCAGAAUCUCUAUAAGCUUUCCAAGAUUGUAAAAGAUGGUGUCAAGUGCAACAGACUUAAGAUCGUAACUGACGCUGCCCAAAUGCAGUUUGAUUCAAUCAAAAUUGGAGAUGUUGUCGGGCGAAAUGAAGUGGUAGAACAGUGCCGCAGACAGAUUAAGGACCUGGUGUUGUACAAGGCUACGAAUAUAUCGCUGAUAAGAAUUCAACACACUAUCUCCGUUAUCACCGACGAUCUACGCACAUCUCUCGAAGGCUCGCUCAGUGAGGUCGGCAAAAAAGACGACCACUUAGCCACGCUUGUAAGGAGGCAACUGCAGUACAGUUUCCUACAACAUUUUAAGACGCAAGACGUUUGUCCUCAUUUUGAUUAUGCUUUGAUGAAAAGUGGAGUGAGGCUUAUGGACAACGCGAAGAAAGCUGUCAUUGAUGUGUGGUCUGCCAUUAGCGGGAGGGGGACGUACCUUAACGAAAAUUGGAAGCGAAGUAUCGCCGAAGAUGUGCUAGACAACGUCGAUUGCGAUGCCAUCGCACGUAGAAUUUGUGAUAGGAUGCUAGAGGAUCUGGAAAAAGGGCACGAAUUGUUCCAAUUGAACCUGGCUUACAUGAAACAAUUUUGCCAAGCAGCCCUAGAACUGUCUGAUGUUCAGAAAAAAUUCGCCGAAGCACAAUCCCCACAUUUUUCCAGACUGAUGAGUGAGGCCAGUGCUCUUUCCCAGACGCUCGCUUUCGAUGUUCCUUUGAGAGCAGUAGUUGGGGCUCAAAUAGGAAGGAACGGCAACCGAGGCAAGGUUUUCGAGGACAAAACCGACAGGGAACGAGUUGUGAAACAGCUCACUGUUGCAGUUUACCCCAGUGAAAUGCGAGAUGAACAUUUGCUAGGCAUUACAAGAACCCUAGGAAGGUCAGAUUAUCAGAUGGUUUUUGGUCACAACCUUGGCCCAUAUUAUGAGAAAUAUUUUUUCUAAAUUUUUAACUAUGUGUCUAUCACAAGUAGCCACCAUUAAUGUAUGACUAGUGGUCAUUUUAUGUAAAAGCAAUUUUGCGUUUGACCGCAAGAAGUCGCUCUCGAAAUGGGAAAGGAAAGAUUCUCAAUUUUACCUUGAACUGUUCAAGAGAAAGAACAUACUUCCUUUGUCUCCCACGUUUCUUAGAAGCAAAAUUGAAAUUUUAACUUAUAUAUUGAUUGGAAUAUUACAGAGCAUUAUGGUGCAUUUUAUCGAGACACGAGAAAUAUCCUCAUUAAAACUGUAUCUUUUUGGUUUUUAAUGCCCGCAGGAUACAAGAUGAUAUUUCCACAAUCCUACGACCUAUUUCGUUGAGAUUGGACGGAAGUAAUAGGGUCUCUGUUCUGUUUCCAAAAAUGGCCACGGACUUGUUCGAAAGUCUUCAGAGUCAUCCAAUCCUUUUGCCUCAAGGUCUGAGAAUAACGCAGCAAAUGGCUGAUGCUGUGGAGAACUGCUGGGAUAGACGCAUUUACCAUGUUGAUCUCAGGAUCACAAACAUAUUGGUAACUACGCUUCUGAAUUACAUUACGAUAUUAAAUCCCUUUAACUUCUCUGUUUCACUGACGAGAGUAUACUGACCGAUUAGGUGUCUCAGGAUUUUCUUCUUAAGGCUAUGAUUAAGUUCUUGGACUUAUCGUUCGGCCCAGUAUAGAAAAAUGAGGACAAAUUAAUCUUAUGACUGAUUAUUUUUUAAUUGAAAGGAAUUACAGAUCUUUAGGCAAGUUAGCUUGGCUUAUCAUUGCAGCAGCAAAGGCCAGUGGCCCCCCCCCCCUCUCGAUGAAUGGUGUAUAUCGCAAUCAGGGGACCUUUUUUUUUAUUCGCUGCCCUUUUUACUCGUAUACAGACAAUGAAUAUGAAAGAGUCUCAAGCAAAAUGAGAAGUAAUGGAAUAAGCUCUGCUUUGAGCCAUGUUGACUAUGUUUUUUUUUCUUUCUCCUCUUUUUUUUCUUUUGGAAAACAGCUUGACUACUACGGGAAUGCAAAACUGAACGUUUCUAAGCCAAGGGAUGACAUGAUUCCGUAUCCUGACAACCAGGCGCCUUUCCAUGUUCCUGCUCAGAAUCCCUUUGUAAGCGCAUCUGACCUUGUUUCGUUGAACACUCUGCAGAACCAUUGUGUCUACAGUCUUGCAGUCUUGCUUUUGCUGCUUGUGGAGGAGAAGUACUGCAGACCACCUUAUGCCCAGACGGUAAAAGUGGGUGAGGUGUAUGCUGCCGUAGCCCGAGGAGAAGAUUGUGCGUACGUCUCCGGAAUGAACGAUCCAGAGGGUUGGUUUUCUGGCGAAAGGAAAAAGGCUCGCGAAAUUGUCCUUUCCAUUUUUGACUUUCAGCGGAAGUAUAACGAGCAUCUGCUCUCAAUGAUGGAUUCUUUCAAAUCGAAAGUCACUGAGGUGGUUUCUAGUUGUGAAAUCCCCCGACAAUUUGAGACUACACUUUGAAAAAGUCAACUUUUCUUCUUUGUCAAGGGGUUAGGCAAUUUUUGGAUGGAAAAAAAACCAGAAUUUACGGCUGCCUUCGAGGGAGACCUUAAAACUCCAAUUCCAUUUCCACCUAGAAAGCAAUUUAUAUAAGCCAAAUUUGAAAAGAAAAGUUUUUAUUACAUUGUAUAAUCCAUUAGCAUUCGAUUCAACUUGUGCUUGUUUCAUUUUGCGUUGUUAUUUAUGUCUUUUUGUCUUGCAUUUAAAGCAACCAUAGAUGAUGAUGGAGUAUUUAUACCUUAGAUGUACUUUCAGAGCUGUUUUAAGGCACGAAAAAUUGGUGCUACUAUGUUACCCGAAGAAAACUAAUAUCAGCAUAGGGUGAAGUUAGAAAAUGAACUCGGGUUCUCGCGUUUUUUAGUGAAAAUCAUAGCGCGUUAAAAGCUUGCUAGGAUUUUGCAAUAACGGAUUCUGCAAACACGUGAUGUCGUCAUGACAGAGUUUGUUCUUCUAGUCGUUUUAUUGAACGGUGAUUGCGUUUUACGGAUUUUAGUUCAUCUUGCUUUUGUUGUUAUGACAAAUGUGGUACCAAUGAAUAUACUCAACCUGUACAGUAUGACCUGCAAAAGACACCGCCUCUUUUCAUCUACUUCGACUACCAAGGUAUUUUUAUCACAGGCAACUGUUACCAGCUUCUCGAAAAAUAACUUUUUGAGAAUUACAGGAGUUCGGAGAUAUGUUAAGCAUUAAAACAAAUUUAUUUCCUUUAUACUUCGCAGAUAGCUGUAGCUCGGUAGAAAACGAGGUUCGAUAAGUUGGUUUUUCGAUUAUUAACACCUCAACCAAAUAUUACGAGGAAGUUCAUUAGCUUUACUGCUGCUGUGGUAACUGGUUUUAUUGAGGAAAUGACAACAUUUUAACUGUGAGCGUCUUUUUCGUUCCAGAAGAUUACAACACUGUUAAAACCAUAUCACAGUACUGUGUAGUGUUG